UCUGGCCGUUCGCACGUGGUUGUGUUGCCCGGGUUUGAGCCGGCGCUGGCGGAGUAGUAAUCUGGCCUGUCUUCCCGGAGCUCGAGAGCCGAGCCGGAACCAUGGAGGGCCAGAGCGUGGAGGAGCUGCUGGCAAAGGCGGAGCGGGACGAAGCCGAGAAGCUGCAGCGCAUCACGGUGCACAAGGAGCUGGAGCUGGAGUUCGACCUGGGUAACCUGCUAGCCUCGGACCGGAAUCCCCCCACGGGCUUGCGACGCGGGGAACCCACGCGGGAGGCUGAACUGCGGGCCUUGGCGCGGGACAACACACAGCUGCUCAUCAACCAGCUGUGGCAGCUGCCCACGGAGCGCGUGGAGGAGGCGCUGGUGGCGCGGCUGCCGGAGCCCACCACUCGCCUGCCGCGCGAGAAGCCGGUGCCCCGGCCGCGGCCGCUCACGCGCUGGCAGCAGUUCGCGCGCCUCAAGGGCAUUCGUCCCAAGAAGAAGACCAACCUGGUGUGGGACGAGGUGAGCGGCCAGUGGCGGCGGCGCUGGGGCUACCAGCGCGCCCGCGACGACACCAAGGAGUGGCUGAUCGAGGUGCCGGGCAGUGCCGACCCCUUGGAGGACCAGUUCGCCAAGCGGAUUCAGGCCAAGAAGGAGCGGGUGGCCAAGAACGAGCUGAACCGGCUGCGGAACUUAGCUCGCGCGCACAAGAUGCGGCUGCCCAGCUCGGCCGGUAUGCACCCUACAGGACACCAGAGUAAAGAUGAGCUGGGCCGCGCCCUGCAAGUGGCCAAGGUCUCCACCGCUUCCGUGGGGCGCUUCCAGGAGCGCCUGCCCAAGGAGAAGGCGCCCCGGGGUUCCGGGAAGAAGAGGAAGUUUCAGCCCCUUUUCGGGGACUUUGCCGCGGAGAAAAAGAGCCAGUUGGAGAUGCUGCGAAUCAUGAACAGCAAAAAGCCUCAGCUGGACGUGACGAGGGCCACCAAUAAGCAGCUGAGGGAAGAGGACCAGGAGGAGGCGGCCAAGAGGAGGAAGAUGAGCCAGAAGGGCAAGAGAAAGGGGGGCCGGCAGGGUCCUGGGGGCAAGAGGAAAGGGGGGCCGCCCAGCCAGGGUGGGAAGAGGAAAGGCUUGGGAGGAAAGAUGAAUUCCGGGCCGUCCGGCUUGGGUGGCAAGAGGAAAGGAGGGCAACACCAAGGAGGAAAGAGGAGGAAGUAAAGUUCACCCCCCAGUCGCCCUGCCUGUAAACCAAGAACUAUUACAAAGGUUACUGCCGAAGUCCUGGAGGCGGGUGCAGAAGGGGGCCACUGCCUUCAUUGAGGCAGAAGGGAUAGGAUUGCCCUCCUCUCAAGGCAUUUUGUAAAUGUUGGACUUAAUGUUUUUCCAACAUCCAGGUGUUUGGCUGGAGAUUUAAAAGAUGUAUUUGAGGACAUAAAAAUUAGAGAAAGAAUUUGAUUGAAACUGGAAAUGAAACAGCCUUCUUUUUUUAACUUUGAAUGUGGUGUGAGGGAGAGUUGUACAUAUUUCAGAGACUUAAAAUAGGUUGAUUUCAUUGUUAUUUUUUAUAACAAGCUUGUGUAUUUAUGAAAGCAGAUGGGGCACACAGAAAGAUUACAUUUUCAGACCUGGCCUUAAAAGUAAUUGCGAAGUUAUUUAAUAAAAGUGUGUCUGUAUCUGAUGUUGCUUUUAACUGUUUGGCUAUUGAUAGAGAUCUUAAGUAAAGCCAGUGCUGGAUUAUCUGGUACAUACUAUUUUCGUUUACUUUCUUAAAAAAAAACAAAACACAAAA